AUGCCGCCUAUUCCUUUCUCUAGUGGUGUUAAUGCAGCAAUAUUUCAUACAUCCUUCAUAGCUCUAGCCAGUGAAAACUUGUCCAGGCUUCAUAAUUUUUCUGGCUCCGCCAAGAAGGACAAACAAAACUCACGUGACGUUGCUCUUAAGCCAGACUUCUCAUCUACUCGCAUGGAGAAUUUUCCUAAUGUCUCUACCUAUUUCCAACGUCUCAAACAACUUUUUGAUCAGUUGAAGAACGUUGAAGCACCUGUUAGGAAUCACAACUUAGUUCUUCAACUGGUGUUUGGCCUUUUUGAGUUGUAUCGUGGAGUUACUACCCUAAUAUGCCAAAGGAAUCCACUGCCAUCAUUCUUUCAGGCUCGCUCCAUGCUCACCUUAGAGGAAUCCGGUCCGAAAAAAUGCACAACACUAGUUCUCACACUGCCUUGUAUAUUGCUGCUUAAUGUGUAUCUUCACAUGCAUGCUCCCUGCACUGAGCACGUGCUUACACUGAAACCCAUCAUGUGUUACGUUCAGGGCACCUUACAAUAUGAAUUUCCCUUAUCCAAUAAUAACUCUCAUCACAACUCCAACAAAACCAAUUGCAUGGAACACUUACUCGUUCAAUGCGCCAACGCCAUCGAAACCAACAAUGCAACACAAGCACAACAAAUCCUUUGGGUCCUUAACAACACAACACCCCAAGAAGGUGACUCCAAUCAACGCUUAGCCGCAAGCUUCAUUCGAGCUCUAACAACCCGAGCAUCGAAAACCAGUAGCUGCAAAAUGCUAGAAGAACAACUUACAGAAACUGCAAACACAAACAGUUAUAACAUUCUUGACAAUAAUAACAACCUCGCCAUACAAACACACAAAUUCUCCGUCAUUGAACUAGCCAGCUUCGUCGAUUUAACACCAUGGCAUCGCUUCGGUUACACAGCAGCAAACUCCGCCAUUCUAGAAGCCACCAAAGGUUUUUCUGUUAUUCACAUUGUUGAUUUGAGUUUAACACAUUGCAUGCAGAUUCCUACACUUAUCGACGCAAUUGCUAAUCGCGACGAUGUUCCUCCUUCAAUCAAGCUCACCGUUGCGGUUAGGAAUAGGAAUAAUGUUCAUAUUCCAAUUCCACCUUUGCUCGACCUUUCUUACGACGAAUUAGGUUCAAAACUGGUUAAUUUUGCUAAAUCAAGAAACGUGAGUAUGGAAUUCAAAGCAGUUUCUUCGACUUAUGCAGACGGAUUUGCUUCUUUGAUCGAACACCUACGAGUGCAAGUCCAAGAUUUAGUUUAUAACAAAACUCAUGAAGCAUUGGUAAUAAACUGUCACAUGAUGCUUCAUUAUAUUCCAGAAGAAACUCUAUAUACGAAUAUGAAUAUGAAUAUGAAUACGAAAUCUUCUUCCCUUCGGUCGAUGUUUCUAGAAGCUCUACGAUGUUUAGAACCGACGAUUGUCAUUCUGGUCGAUGAAGAUGCGGAUUUAACAUCAGUUGAUUUAGUGACUAGAUUAAGGUCUGCAUUUAACUAUCUUUGGAUUCCUUUCGACACGGUGGACACGUUUCUACCGCGAGGGAGUAAACAAAGGCAUUGGUAUGAAUCAGAUGUUUGUUGGAAGAUUGAGAAUGUGAUAGCAUAUGAAGGGGUUCAAAGAGUUGAGAGAGUUGAGGAUAAAAGCAAGUGGGAGCAAAGAAUGAGAAAUGCGCAUUUUCAAGGGGUUUGUUUUAGUGAAGAUACGGUUAUGGAGGUUAAGGGGAUGAUUGAUGAACAUGCAGUUGGGUGGGGAUUGAAGAAAGAAGAUGAGUUUCUUUUGCUUACUUGGAAAGGACACAAUGUUAUCUUUGCUUCUGCUUGGUUACCUUCUUGA